AUGCAGUCUCAUCUCACGAGACGGGUCUUUCGCGCAUUGAUCAACAACGAACCACUCCGGUUCUCACAAUGUCAACGAACUCGCCUUAUGCAUACGAUUACCCCCAUGCGGGUGCGUCCGACAGUGCCCGGCCUCUCUUAUACCUCGCGACGCAACCUCUUCGCCUUCACAAUGGGUCAAGACCCUGAUCGGCGACCCAGCACUCUGCCCUCCGAGAAAGGCCUACAGCCAAUGGCAGAUUUAUUGAGGUCUCUCAAGGAUAGAAGCCGAGCACCUCCAAGCUACCUUCUUGCAAAGGCCUUUCAAACAUUUUUCACGACGCGGCUUGAAACUCCUGGGGUGAUUACUCACUUUCAUGCUCGUACCUUGAUUGUCACGUGGAAACACCUCAGGGCCCUGCAAGAUGAUUUGGAUGAACAAGAUUGGCAGAAUAUCUUCUCGACUGAAAACCUGGAAAAGAUUUUACAGGUUCUCUCCGAGUGUGAAUGUGUUCCGGAGGCCCGUGAGGCCGUGGUACGUCUCGCCCGGUUCGCAUAUCAAGAACUCAAUCUUGAUCACGGAUUUGGUCCGAACAAAAUCAGCCGACCGGCUCUCUCCCUUUACAUAAAUAUUCUGGCUAUGAACGGCAAUCCCGAGGAUGCUAGGCAUACAGUGCUCAAAUUCUGGAGCUCAAUGAGCAAAUCAAAACCGUCGCCAUGGCUCACUGUUCUCAAAGGGUUUGCCAUGAACAAUGAUCUGCGACAAGUUCGCAAGGUUGUUGAUGAAUGGGGAGUCCACGGCAACACAUUUGACCAGCAGUCUCACCAGGAGAUUAUCGAAUUCCUCAUCGAGCACAACCAGCUUAACGCUGUUCAGCUUGUCUAUGCCUGCCCAAUUGCUGGCGGCAUGGAACCAUCUUUAGCUACCAAAACGGCAGUCAUUGAAUACUGCAUUUUGAAAUCGAAUACGGACGCCGCAGCAGAAGUAUUCGAUUCCAUUCACAACGAGCCUAGCGGUGAUGUUGCUGGUAUCAGUCUGCUUUGGGGAGCGGCAAUGGGCGACAAUGCUUCUGCUAUUGCGCAAAAGGUUGAAGCGUGGAACUUGAAGUCCCCUGGUGUCAAAGAUUCCAUUACAAUUGACAUGGUCAACAAGCUUCUUCGAUAUGCUAACGCGAAGCAAAACCCGCAGUUGGCUUCGGACUUCAUGUCCCUGGUGGCUCAAUGGGGGCUCACACCGAAUCACCAAACUCACAUGCUGCAAUUGGAGUCUCGCAUUCAGGCAGGUGAUGUCGAACAAACUUUGAGACUCCUCGAAGACAACGUUGACUCUGCCUCCCUUGCCGGUGAUCAUCUACCACUUGCCAAUAAGCUCAUCACGAUGCUCUGUCGAUCCGAGGAAAAAGAUGGCCUAUUCCAUCAGAUCUCGUCUCUUCUCGAUCCACUCUUUGAAGACAAUGUCCGGUUAGAGCCUGAAACCGUUGCCGCCCUGACACAUCUGCUUCUCUACCGUAAUGAUCUGGAUGCCGUCUCAGAGUUGCUUCGCCCACGACUGGGCACAUAUGAGGACAACCAGAAAGCGCCCAUCCGCGAUGCGGUCACAUCUUUCAUUUUGGACAUGAGCCAGUCUGACACGGACGCGUGGAACGUGUACGAAUUCUUGAAGGUUGCAUUCCCAUACACGGGGGUCGCAAUCCGCACCAAAAUCAUGUCCGCGUUCUUCGAGCGCCAGCGCAGUGAUCUUGCUGUUUUGGUCUUUGGACAUAUGCGUCAGGCUGAUGAAUUCAGCCGUCGUCCCAAACCCGACACUUACGCCCGUUGUUUCCAAGGCCUGGCUCGCACGGCUGAUGCCACUAAUUUGAAACUCGUGCACAACAUGUUGAAGCUGGAUAUCGAAGUGGAUCUCAACACGCGGAUUCUCAAUGGCUUGAUGAUGGCAUAUGCCUCAUGCGAAAUGCCAGAGCAGAGUAUGGCGAUCUUCCGCCAGAUCCUUCUGUCUGAUGAAGGUCCCUCACAAAAGACAAUCACGCUCUUCUUCAAGGCCUGUGAGAAGCACCACAAUGGUGCCCAGGAGGCGAUGAAGUUGAUGGCAAAGGUCAAGAAACUGGAGAUUACCCUUGAUCGUCCUCUGUACUCGGCCUAUAUGGAGGCACUAGCAGCGCAGUGCGAGUUUGAACUCGCCACCGAUGCUAUUAACAACAUGCAAUCCGAGAUUGGGCUUCCCCCCACCAGCAACACAAUCGGACUGUUCUACAACGCCAUCCCGUACCAGUACUGGAAAGACGAGGUCGAGAAGUGGGCAAGUGAGAAAUAUCCCGAACAUUGGCAGCACUUGUUGACGAUGAAUCGCACCGAGCACGAGGAAGGACCCAAGUUUGAUGGCAUCUCAAAUGAUGUUACUGUGUAA